CAUUUAACAUUAACAUUAUUCCUCAUGAGCACUGGGACUACUGAAGUGACCAAAAUAAAACUAGAUAAUUUAUCACGCAUUUUAACACCCAAACUUACUCAUUUAACACUGUGUUAACCAAGUCGGAUAUAUAUUUGCACAUUAAACAGUCGCCGUUUGGACAAUUAAAAACAUAAACACAUACUCACAGUGGCCAGAUGGUUUGGACCUAGGAAUGAAUUGGGAAUUCCCUGAGUUGUCAGAAAUGUUCGAAUUCGAAUUUGAUACGAAUUAUGCUCAGCGUCCCGUCGCGCAUGACCUCGACGCGAAUGUGAAUCCUGAGAAUCACAGCAAUAUUUCGGAAACCCCUAUUUCUACCUUACCCGCCAACAUGAAAGCAAUCCACGCCACCAGUUGCGACAAUAGUGACCAGGUUUGCUCCUCCACUACAAAUUUACCCAACGAUGUUGAAACCAUCCACAGCACGGGGGAACCACCCCGUUUCCCAUGCACGAUUCCCGGUUGUGAGAAAACCUACAAAAACAAGAGACAUAUUUCGCUGCACGUGAAAACUGACCAUGUCGAGAAUCCGGUCCGAUUUCGGUGCACCCUUUGCGAGAAAGAAUUCAAAACGAUGUCAAAUCUUGGGAAUCACAGAUCCACCCAUGCGAACGUGAAACCGUUUAAGUGUGCCACUUGUGGGGGGAAUUUCGCCCAAAAAUCUGUCUUGAUCCGUCAUGAGACGACACACUUGGAUAAAUCUAGCCGGGAGAUCUUCAAGUGUCACCUUUGUCCUGUAACUUCCUUCCGGAACUGUAACUUACAACGCCACAUCGAAGUUGUGCACGAAAAUCGGAGAGCUUAUUCGUGCUCAUAUUGCGAAAAAAAGUUGGCGAGUGUUCGCGGUUUAAAGCGUCACGUGGAGGCGAGACACUCGGAAAACAAAGAGGUUCAUUCCUGCGAUAAAUGCGAGUACAAAGCCCACUUGAAGCAUGAUUUAGCACAACACGUGAGAAAUCACCAUAUUGCGAAUACUUUCGAUUGUGACUUGGAAGUUUCGCGAAUUUGAUUUGUUAGUCCAUCACUACUGGCGAAAUCAUGGAAAAGGAACAUUUAAGUUGACAUCUUUUGAUUUAUAAUUAGGAUAUUUUCAAGCGAAGUUUGUUUGCCACGUAUGAAUUUUUGUUAGUUUAAAGGUUAGAGCUACCGCCCUACAGUUCACUUGCUGCAGGCUAAACAAUGUAGCCCAGAACAUUGGCUGCAUAUUAUCAGAUACAUUUUAUUUAUGUUCAAGUUUUUUUUAUUUGAUGACGACCUACGGUCGAACGUUGUAGGUAUGUUCCAGAACUCUGAUAGAUCACAGAAAUCUCUAAACAUUCUUAUCUAUUGUUAUAUAUUUCUAGAUUUUCAAAUAGGCAAUGUUUUACAUAGAUAUCGUUUUUUAACUAAAUACAUAAUAUACAUAAUAUACAAUUAAUUCAACUAGGAUAAUAAAUAUGUUUAGUUUUAAUUUUA